CUUUGUUAUUUUUGAUUUGUGUACAAAAAAUAAAUAAAAUUGUUUUGAUUUUGUGAGAACUGAGAAAUUUGCUUUAAUAAAAAAGUUAAAAUUCAAUUGAAUGGUUGUUGUAGCUUUAAAUAAACAAAAUAAAUUUCUUAAGACGAACUAAAAAUAAAAUGAUCUACCGCUAACCUAUUUAAUAACAAAAAUUUGGUUAAAAACUCUCCUGGCAGAACCGCCAAAACCAUUUGCCGGUUGUAUUUAUUUUAAACUGUCCGCCAGACAUUUGCAUGCUCCCUCCAAUUUAAUAACAAAAAAAUAUUAACAAUUCAUCAUGGAGUUUAGAGAAUUAUCUACAUACGCAUUCAAACAAAAUACAAUCCAUGGAUUCAAUUUAACAUCAUCCGAAUUCAAUGUGGGACUCUUUGGAUCCACUUCCGAUGUUGUUUUACUCGAAUUGCGACACUCUAGCUUAGCGCCUUAUACUUUUCCAUAUGCCGUAGAAAACUUAAGACUCUCUUCCACUCGGGUAGCUUCAGAAAUUGUUCCUAAAUUUGACAUGGCACAAAUAUACUUGAAUUCAAAUACCACACAACGACAAUACUUUGCCUUAGAUCCUAUUUUUGUAUCUGAAUUGUCAGAAGACCCUCCAAAGUUUAAGCCUGUCGUACUUACUUGGAGUCCUAAAAACUUAUUCCAAAGUAGUAUAUUAGCUAUAGUAUCUAACAAUGGAACGUGUGAGCUAAGACGACGCGAUACAAUAAGUCGUGAAUGGAAAAUAGAAGUUUGCAAUUUGAAUCAAUUGCAUCUGGAAUUAUUCCCAGUCACAGUUACUCCAAAGAGUCAAACUUUUGAAAAGUUUCGAGAAGCUGUUGAAAAUACUUGUACAACAGCAUUUUCGUGGAAUAUGGAUCCAACAGAUAAACGUUGCAUAUUUGUGACUGCCAAUGCAACUGGAUGGAUUCUUUUGUUUUCAUUGACGAACGAUGGAUGUGUCCGUUGUUUGACUAAGUACACAACUACAUUGGGUCGAAUAUCUCUUGUUUACUUUGUAAAGAACUUGAUAGUAACUUGUUUCUCAAAUGGCAUAGUUAAGGUAUUCGAAUUGAGAGGCAAUGAAAUUAUAGACGUUGAUACGUUGUGGCCAAAUGCAGAUAGAAUUAGUUGCAAACAGAUUAGCAUGAGUUUUUGUGAGAUCACAAAUAGAUGGAUUUGUGUGACAUCGAAAACGGCUCAUGUGAUUGUAUUCAUAUUGUCGAAGGAAGGCAAGCUGUUGUUUAAAAAUAGAAAAUAUUUGGGAAGCAUCAAAAUAACAGGCUUUGAUCUUUUAUCUCCGACAGAAUAUAUUUUUGUUACCAUCACGGGAGUAGUUAAAUUAAUAAAACUUAACAUCCAAAAAGACACUAUUGGUAUCACCGAAGAGAAUGUCAAAUAUGAAUAUGAUCAAGCAAACUAUCAGAUUUUGGGUCUAGUUUCAUCGCCAAACAAAAUUAUAUGGACAUUCAUUUUAUACCACAACAAACCUUACAAACACCCUUCGAUAUACUCUUCCAAUGAUGCUAUCCUAUCAGUAUGUAGCUUCAAUGGCAUAGAUGUAUUGGAAAUGCUUACCAAUGAUAUUGACGAUGGCUCAGAAAAUCUUAUAGAUUGCGCCGAAGCUAUUAGAAUGGAAAUUUUAAAAGACAAUUUAUCACCGAAAUAUGAAGAUAUUUCUAUUGAAGAUGUAAAAAUAACAAAACAUUAUUUCAAAAAGCUGCAGUUGAAAUUGUUGAUAAUGAAUGCGGGGAUAAGUUAUCAACGUAUAAAAUUGAAUCCUGUAAAGAAAGUCAUGACAAAUGAAAUAAACUCGUUAACCAAGAUUAUUGAAAGCGUUUAUAUAAAUUUACGACUGCAACGACUUCGAAGUUUAAAGCAUUUAUCGCCUUUUCAAAUGCUCGCUGGCAAAUGUAUGAAAUACAAACUGCAACUACUUCACUCAGAACUCGUGUCCAAAGAAGAUGUUUUCCGAAAUGUUCAUGAAAAUUUAAAUACAUUGAGUGAUUGUCUACUUAUGGAUUUGGGAAAUAAAUUUGAAGAUGCUCAGGAGAAUUGCACGUACUGUGAUAAACCAAUUGAUUUUUCUACAUUAAUGUGUGCAGAUAUGCAUUCAGUUCCUCGAUGUUCAAUUUCAUACUUAGUGGUACCGUUAUUGUCAAGAAAUUUUUGUCUUAGUUGCAAUAGAUUAUUCAUAGAAGAUAUUGAUAAUUUAAAAAGUAUUUUUGGAGAUACGGACGUUCAUCUGAGGUGUACUUUUUGUGGAUUUUCGAUAUAUACUGAUAUGAUGGAAACUUUUGAUAUAAAACAAUGAGUAAAUUAAUAUUAUUUAUUUAAUAUUAUUUUCGUAAUUUCUUUUAUUUAUUAUUUAAGUAUGGAAAUUGUUAAAGUGCCAAAGAGUUUAAUCAUUUAACUCUUAAAAUAUGCGAUUAAAUAAAAAAAAAAAACAAAAAUUU